AGGUCGUCUCCAUCCUCACGUGUACGCCGCUGCCUUCGCGAUGCUGCCUCUGCUGCGCUGCGUGCCCCGCGCGCUGGGUUCGGCCGUGGUUGGGCUCCGGCCGCUUCUGCAGCCCGCGCUCCGGCCGUGCACCCGGCCCUUCGGGCUCCUCAGCGUGCGCGCGGGGUCUGAGCGGCGGCCCAGCCUCCUGCGGCCUCGCGGGCCCUGCGCCUGCGGCUGCGGCUGCGGCGGGCUGCACACCGAAGGGGACAAAGCUUUUGUUGAAUUCCUGAAUGAUGAAAUUAAGGAGGAAAAGAAGAUACAGAAGCAUAAAUCCCUCCCCAAGAUGUCUGGAGGCUGGAAUCUGGAAGUGAAUGGGACAGAAGCCAAAUUAGUGCGGAAUGUUGCUGGAGAGAAGAUCACUGUCACUUUCAACAUUAACAAUAGCAUCCCACCAACAUUUGAUGGGGAGGAGGAGUCCUCCCAAGGGCAGAAGGUGGAAGAACAGGAGCCUGAACUGACAUCCACUCCCAAUUUCGUGGUUGAAGUUAUAAAGAACGGUGGCAAGAGGGCCCUUGUGCUGGACUGUCACUAUCCAGAAGAUGAGGUUGCACAGGAAGAAGAGGGCGAGAGCGACAUUUUCUCCAUCAGGGAAGUGAGCUUUCAGUCCACUGGUGAAUCUGAAUGGAAGGACACGAAUUACACACUCAACACAGACUCCCUGGACUGGGCCUUGUAUGACCACCUAAUGGAUUUCCUUGCGGACCGAGGGGUGGACAACACUUUUGCAGAUGAGUUGGUGGAGCUCAGCACAGCCCUGGAGCACCAGGAGUACAUUACUUUUCUGGAAGACCUCAAAGGUUUUGUCAAGAGCCAGUAGAGCAGACAUACACUGAAUACCUUAAUUUUAUGGUGGGCUUUGCCAGUGAACAAAACCUACUCUGAAGCCAGACAUGUACUUUGAAAUGGUUUUCAUCCUUACUAUCAUGGAAAAUGAUUCAGAUUUAAAUUAUUUGUUGCCCUCUUAUUUACUAUUCAUUUGUUUCUCUUUACAGAUUAUUCUAGACUUUUGUAUAACAUAAUGAUGGACAAUAAAAUUGGUUUAUCUGUAAGGUGAUUUGUGUCUUCUGUCUCUGUUCCUCCCCC